AUGGACCCAGAUUUGAUGGUGGCCCUGGCCGGUGGCUCAGUGGGCCGUGUGACCCUCGAGGACGUGGCCGUCCGCUUCUCCCGGGAGGAGUGGCGGCUCCUGGAUGAGGCUCGGCGGCGUCUGUACCGCGAGGUGCUGCUGGAGAACGGGGUGCUGAUGGCCUCCCUGGGCCUUGCAUCUGGUGGGACCCAUGAGCUCCCCCAGCUGGUGCAGCAUGGGGAGCCCCUUCUGCCUGCCGGUGGCCUCAGGACUGUGGCCGGACCAGCGGGCUGUGGGCGCGGAGCAGAGGCUGAGGAGAAUGUUCCUGCAGGAGGAGUGCCCAGAGCGAACCGUCGCCAACACCGGAAGCUGCGCUGUGGAGAGAAGCCCUUAGGAGGAGAAGAGGGGGCGCAGGGCCAGGACUUUCCAGCCGGCACUGGUCUCAGGCAGCAGGAGACUCACAGUACAGGGGCGCCACGCGGGGCCGCCCAACAUCACCCCCAAAGAAGGCAGUACAAGUGCAGCGAGUGUGGGAAAGCCUGUGGUCAGAAAUACUUGCUGGAGGAGCACCGGAGGCUGCACGCCGGAGAAAAGCCGUACCAGUGCAGCGAGUGUGGGCGGUCAUUUAGCCAUAAGCCCAACCUUUUCGUGCACCAAAUAGUUCACAUGGGUGAAAGGCCUGACGGCUGUAGCGAAUGUGGAAAAUCCUUCAGCCGCAAGGCCGACCUGGUUCAACACCGGAGAGUUCACACCGGAGAGAAGCCCUUCACGUGCAGUGCGUGUGGGAAAGCCUUCCGGCAUCACUCCACCCUCAUCCCGCACCACAGGGUCCACACUGGGGUGAGGCCUUUCGAGUGCAGCGAAUGCGGGAAAUCCUUUAGCUUCAGCUCGGGCCUCAUGAAACACCAGAGGGUUCACACUGGAGAAAGGCCUUAUGGGUGCACUGAGUGUGGGAAAUUCUGUAGCCACAAGGCCAGCCACACUCACUGGCAGGUUCACACUGGAGAAAGGCCGUAUGAGUGCAGGGACCGUGGGAAGUUUUUUAGCCAAAGCUGUAGCCUCAUGCAGCACCGCUAAGUUCGCACUGGAGAAAAGCCUUUUCAGUGCCAGGACCGUGGCCGACUCUUCGGUGAGAACUCGAGCCUGGUCAAGCACCGGAGGGUGCACGCCAGAGCCGGGCCUUACGAGUGCGGGGACUGUGGGAAAAGCUUUCGCUCCAGCUCCAGCCUGGUUAAACGUCGGAGGGCUCACCCCGGAGAGACGCCGUGGGAGUGCGGUGAUUGUGGGAAAUCCUUUCGCUUUGGAAAGCAGAAGUGUGAACAACCCAAUGCGGACCCCACUCCGCUUUCCUUAUUCCCGGAGACAGGCGGCCCCGACUCCGUUUCGGAAACAUUGUUGAGCAACGGAUCCGUGAGGACAGCCACACGGGCUGGUCGCAAAGCCACAGCCCAGACAGUGGACGCCAUUCUCUGUCCUGCCUGUAAGCAACGGACUUGA